AGGUCCCUCCUGCCAACUGCCUCCCUAUUGUUGUAGUAUGACUUCCAUUUAUUUCUGUGUAAUCAAAGUUGAGUUUAUAGUUGACGAUAUCAGUACUGUUUCUCGAACCUCGAACUUCUCACUUCACGCCUGCGCCCUACACGCACCUUUACGCAUAUUUCUUUGCUUUUCUUUCUUUACUUACCCCAAACCUCCACGAUCACUAGAAACUACUUGACAGGGAGAACAUCAUCGAGUUUUGAACUUGAAGUCGGACGAUAAUGGUAUUCCUUGUCGACAAGACUGCUGCACGCUUUCAAGGAUAAAGCAACCUUUUGGCAAUAGAAAUACCCAACAAGAAUGGGCGGCACUCUUUCCGCCUUCGAGAAAGACGCGGACAAUGUUCUGCCGGAGCGUCCUAUCGCGUCCGCCAUUCGGGCGUCCAUUUACAGCUAUACAAAGUCCAUGGAAGAGGACGGGGCGGUCUACUACAACAUCCAUCUGGUGGUGCCCGAUGGAGGUUCGCAGCAACGGGUUUUUACCACGUUCGGGGGCAGGGCAGCUGCAGGUAGUUCUGCUUCCUCUGGUAGUGGGUCAUUUUCAACCUCGUCCGCAGGAGUAGGGCAAGGACACCGUAGUGCUCCUCCUUCUGGCGCAAGCGUUCUCCCGGGCGUUAACGGCUGCUUCGCCGCGCUCUCAGUGCCCUGCAGCGACAGUUACAACGGCCAGACGCAGCACAGAAGGAGCCCUGCAGCUGCUGUUUCAGGAGCGCACAACACGGCUAUAUCUUCACCGGGGUUGUCGACGAAUGCCGCAGGAGCCUCGAGGACGGUAUCAAAUAGAGCCACUACAGGAGCAUCUUCCUCACGAGAACCUGGAGGCCCCGCGGCGUCGCCCUCUAGUUCGGUCAGCAAAACCACUUGCGUUACGCCCUUUACAUCCGAUGUUUCGCUUUACCGCGAGCAGUUUCAGCAGAUCGAGGGCCAGCACAAGUGGGUGGUGUCCAGACGGUUUUCGCAGUUUUACGAGCUCUACGAGCAGCUCCGAUUCAAGUACACGCUGAACCAUUUUCCGUCGAAGUUGUUCCAGUUCGACCUGGAGCAGAGGCGCCGCGAGCUGGAGAUUUUUCUCAACCAAGUGCUGCACCUCGACUGCGACCCCAUGCCGAAAACGCAAGUCGUCCGGGAAUUCGUGGCGCCGCCGAUCCAUAUCCUUUGCAAAUAAAGUAUCGGUAAAAAGAAAAAGCACGUAUUUGUGAAGGCGAGAUGCGCUUUGCAAAUUUCAUUUGGAUUUCUAUUGCAUAAGAUAAAAAUUCGCAAAAUACAUAUUGAACUAAGUACUCCUUCGAGUGUUUACUGCGUAUACGGUUUGUAUGAGUCGAAGCCAAAGCGAGCUCGAAAUAAAAAUGUAAAUGAAUUGUGCGUGAGUAUCUACUAUUCGAGACUUUUGCACAGGAUGGUCCAAGUGCAACUGCAGUCCUGGAUGAGCGCGACAGUCGGGGUCCCGCGGCGCCCACCCUUGAGCUUGCUGGAGCAGCGAUUAGAGCAGCAGGCGGCGACGCCGCCGACCACGUAUGGCACUUCGAAUUCGAACGCCUACACGCCACCCGAGAUCUCGCCACCGCUGACGGAGCGCUCGGGAAUGCAGGCGGAGGGCGAGAUGUUUCCGGAUAGCCCCCCACCGUCCGUGCUGCGGCUGCAGGUGGACCAAGGAGGUGCGGAUGUUGUUGUCUCAGCACACGAACUACUUCUUCCAAAUGGUAACACCCACACGCAAAUGAAUUUGCAGUCUCCGAAAAGAAGGAGCACUGCAGCUGUACUACCAGCCGGGGGCAGGAGCAGCAAUGAGGAACACCUUCAACCAACGCAGCGGCACAACAUCAGCGGCACACUAAGGGGCCCUCCUGGUGCCCCAACCAAGACCCUUUCCUCCACGCAUUCCAGUACCAAAUCGCCGUCCGGCUGCCUCCCUCCCUGCGCGGACUUUGGCGGCACCCAGCCGGACGCGUUGCUGCAGCGCGCGCGGGGGUCCGACGCGAAUCUGUCGGAGACGCAUGUUUUGAUCAACGGCAUGGAUACGCAGCUCCUGGCGUACCUCUUCACGUUCCUCCCACCCUCCCUGGUCGCGAAAUCCAUGCCCCGCGUCUGCACGGCGUUUUGGCUCGCCAGCUUCAGUCCCGGGUUGUGGCAGGAAAAGGGCAUUUCCUACACGCACACCCACGCGCCAGUCGAGCACAAGCUGUCCGGCUUUUACCGGCUGCUGUCCCACACCGGACAGAAUUUGCGGAAGUUCCGUUUCCGCUGCCUCGUUGGAAACGAGAAACUGGUCGAGCCGCUGCCCUUUCACAUCCAGUUCCUCCGUCUCCAAACGGUUUACCUGCAGACCAGAACGACCCAGGGGAUUGAUUUGUUGUCGCAAUUUUUGGAGGCCGUCGCGGAUGUGACGAGCUUGCGGUGUUUGACGCUCGACGUCCCCUUUUCGACCAAAUUACUGAAAGAUCUGCACGCGCUGUUGCUGCUGAACUCCUUCAUGAGCAGCGGUGGUGGUUCUAGCGGCGAAGGUGGGCAGCUACUUCCUGGUGGCGCACGACCGACACAUGGAAAUGAUCCAAAUUUUCUCGGUUCGGAUUUGGUUGGAGGAACUUCUGGCUUCAACCUGCAGGAAUUGCACCUCCUAUUCCGCCCCGCAGUGGAGCUAGACGAGCUGGAUUUUGCGAGUUUGGAAAUCCCGCAAGAGCCUCUAAUCGAAUGGCUUUUCAAGGAGCCGCCGCCCCAAUCGAGCAGUGACGAAGAACAGUCGCCAGGAAACGCGAGCGACGGCUCGUUGCGGCGCAAAAAGCGCAUGGAAGUCCAGAACAGAGGAAAGGGGCAGGGUGCAACUACCUUUAGGCAAAUACCUGCGAGCAGUUCGACUUCAAUACCAAUAUCAACUCUCGAGCAGCGGCAGGGACGAGAGGGUGCUGCGGCUGAAGAUGUUAGGAACAAAGACGAUGUACUAGUUGCAGCCGACAAUUUGGAUGACGCGGACGCCCUGGAAGUAGUUGAGCAGAAAGCCAAGCAGGAGCCUCCAGAUCGCGUUAUUCCGAACAAAGAGAUUGUGAUGCAGGGUCUGUCCAUGGCCAACGCCGACCGGUAUUUCGUAGACGAGUUUAGCGUGCCGAUGAGGCGAGACAGCACAUCAAGCCAAAUGAAGAGCACGUCAGGCAAAAGGAAAAAGCCGCCAAAGUACUUUACGACGUUGAAGAAGUUUUCUCUCUGUCUCCCGCCGGAAUUCCACAACACAGGGCUACGAAGAGAACUCCGCGAACUCGGGCAAAACCCGGCGUACUGGGACGAACUGCUCCGGCUCCCGUACGUGAGCCCCAUUCUCCGGAAAGUCAACACCUUCUUUCCCAAUUUAACCCACGUGGAGCUGGAUUUUCUCACGGAAAACCUGAUUUGGUGCCUGCGCAACCCCGUGGCAGUGCCAAGUCCCGGAGGCGGGGGUCUGGCCGGAGGUAUUAGCGGGACAACAGAAGAAACGUUCCAGCGACAAGCGACAACGAAUUUUGCCGACCAGCAGUUCCUUCCCAACAUUGUCAGUUUUACCAUCCGCGGAAAUUUGAUGCGCGUGAAACACGUCAAGGAUCAGCUGUUCAACUUGCUUUUACGGAAAUUGGGGAAGACCUUGAAGAUUUUCAAAUUUCUUCCCGAAGUAUCAAAUGUAAAAAUGUCUGGGUCUGGAAGAAUGCGCAAUUUGUCAUGCAGCUUUUCCAUGACCCACGAAGCCUGGAAUGCAGGACCUAGCAUGACAGAUUCUGCGCAAUCUCUCUCAUGCCUAUCCUGCAUGAGAAACUCCCUCCCGACUUGGUCAAAACUGGACGACUUUUGGUAAUCACGCAACACUGAUUUUGAUUUUUGCAUGCUUCAGAUUUAGCAUGACAAGUUGCAUUCUUCCAGACCCAGACAUUUUUACAUUUGAUACGAAGCGGAGCUGUGCUACCUCGACAUGUACAAGGGCAUGGUGUUCGGUUAUCAAAUGCAAAAAUGUCUGGGUCUGGAAGAAUACAAGCUUGUGAUGCGCAUUUCAGAAGACAGAAAAAUCUCUCAUGCAUGGGUGGCAAAAGCUGCCCACUUUCUGUCACCAAAGUGGGGGAUUUGUCAUGCCGAUUCGGCAUUGCGGAAGCUUCUCGAAACCUGUAAUGCUAGAGCUUCCAUGGCAGAUGACCUUCUUUGUCAUGCAAAAACAGCAUGACUCUUCCAGACCCAGACACUUUUACAUUUGAUAUAGGUCAUUCCUACGCAAAUUUGGCGGACGAACUGCGGGGCCGCCAAGAGCUGCAGCAUUUGGAAGUUGACUGGAUUUAUUUCAACACUAACGCGCUGCGGGCGAUCGGAAAUUUCUGCGGGCAAAGCUUGGAAAUCCGUAUUUUUACAGCAAAAGUGUAGUUUUUUGCUUUUUUCUUUUUUUCUCCUGUACGUGUGAUAUGCGGUCUCAAUCUACUCUUUUGCAGUGUAGCUGAAAGGUCCUUGCCAAGAGUGACGGCGAACACUUUUUGCACGUUUCACGACGUGAAGGGUAAGAAAUAUGGAUCCAUGAAAAACCACGAAAACACUCAAAACUCCCAGUCCGCCUGAACAGCUGCGAGCACCUGGUUGACGAGAGCAUCGAGCUCCUGAUGCACACGUUGCCGAACAUCAAACUGCUCCGUCUCCGGAGCAGCAACGGACUCACCGAUCUGACGCUGCAAACGCUAUGCCAGUGGGCGGAGAACAGCGGAAACCUGUUUCUGGAAUUAGAACCCUCCUACUUCCACUCCGCGUUUAUGAUUGCGCAGCUGCAGAACAUCAUGAAUGGGCAAACGCACAGUUCUGACGCAAGUUGGCAAAUCGCACAGGCGCUCUUCAACACGAAUAUCGAGGGGUCGGGAAGGGUCAUGCGUCCAGAAGUGCCACGGUUGAAGCUGUUGCAAGACAAGUUAGAUGGUUACCGGUCGAACAAAAAUUGGAAAGCGCGUGCAUGUGAUUUGACGCAUUUUGACAGAUAGAUUAGGAGACGCGAUGUCUUCGUGUCCUCCCAUAAUGAUGAGGAUGUGUGCGAGAAAGGUGGUUUUUCUUAAGCUUCGUUUCGCGCAAAGGAAACGGAAAAAGAACUACUGAAAGCUAGUGCUCGCAUCAAUGUUUGUUUCGAAAGUCCUAGAAAAAGACACUUAGUUACCGCUUUGAAAUCUCCGCCAGGUGAAGUCAGCGACUGAGGAGGGAGUGCUUGUGCUGAUGCUCCAUUUUUUACAGGUAUUGAAG